AAUUAAAACUCAGAAAAUCGUCCACCGUUGUUAAAGUGCCAGCAGUCAAUCAUACUCUACCUGCAUCAUGCUUGGGCAGUUAUGUAUAAAUUAAUGCCCAUCCGCUUCCCUCUUCCAUCAUUCUCAAACCACGUCCACGUGAUGAUGGCCACGGCGCCGCCAAGGAUUCCUGUGAGGUUUCACAGAGUGGCUGCGGCCUUUGAUGCUGAAGUGGCACGGGUGAGGCUCUGCGAGAGCAGCGGCAGCGAGCAUUCCCCGCCGGAGACUUCCAAAGAUCUGUUCGAUCUGGUGAACUCCUUCAUGGAGAGCAGCGACAAGGCACGUGAAAUAACGGAAGAAGAGGAACAGAGUGUUCAUCGCGAGGAAGGAGUGGUUGAAGAAAGAACAGAGUGCUUUGAUUCCGAGAAGAGGCAAAUACUGCAAGAUCUAUUUGCCUGUGGCGGUGGCGAUGAUAUCGACGAUGAAAGGGACUUGAUUAGAAGAGAGGUUGAAGCUGCGGUUGCUUGUGGAGUUGUUGCGGAAACUAAUUUUCCUGAAUUCAAACGUAAAUUGAUGUCUCACUUGAGAGAGAAAGGUUUUGAUGCUGGGCUUUGCAAAUCGAAGUGGGAGAAAAAUGGAAGAUUAAUAGCUGGUGGCUAUGAGUACAUUGAUGUGAAUUCCUUAGGAAAGCGAUACAUUGUUGAAGUCUCCCUGGCUUCAGAGUUCGAAAUAGCGCGCCCUACGAUUCAAUAUUCUUCAUUGCUACAAGUUUUCCCACUCAUAUUUGUUGGCAGAGUGGAAGAACUGAAGCAAGUUGUGAAGCUUAUGUGCAGUGCCAUAAAGGGAUCCAUGAAAACAAGGGACCUGCAUGUUGCUCCAUGGAGGAGAAACGUGUACAUGGAAGCCAAGUGGUUUAGCUCUUACAAGAGAACAACUAAUGCAGUUUCAACCAGAAAUGCAUCAUCAUCAUCAUCAUCAUCAGAUUCUUUGUUUCUUGAAAGGUUCAUUGGAUUUGAACCUCGGCCUAUUAUAAAAGCGCACAAUUGCAGGGAUUAUCAUGCCGAUAAAACUAGGUUGAGGAUCGGCCAUUUGACAUCCACAUUCGAAUAGCUCCAUCCCUAUCUCCAUAAAAGUACUUUCUUUUAAUUUAUUAGAGUUAGUUGAUGAGUGAUCGAUUUUGUGAAAUAUAUUAGUCCAAUACGCUUGAGAAAGAAUUUCUCAAAUGCAGUGUGUCUUAUGGCUCAUUUUAUCCUAGUAGGUAUGUAUGUAUAUAUUUUGUAAAGGAAUUAGGGGUUCAUUAUUCUUAGCAUUGUUUUUAUUUGUUGGAGAAAUAAAUAUUGUGAAAAGAAUUGAAUAAUGGUUGUUGGCAA